UUGCUGCACCAACGCGAGUGGGAGCACCAGGCGCUGGGCUCAGAGCGGAACUCCACAGAUCGCUUUAAGAAAAUGGCAGACAAGCCAGACAUGGGGGAAAUUGCCAGCUUCGAUAAAGCCAAGCCAAAGAAAAUAGAGACACAGGAGAACACCCAGCUGACCAAAGAGACCACUGAGCAGGAGAAGCAGAGUGACAUUUCCUAAGAACCUAGAGGACUCUCCACCCCUGUCAUCUUCGAGACACCCCAGUCGUGAUGCGGAGGAAGAAGAGCCGCCUGCAAGAUGGACACGAGUGACAAGCUGCACUGUAAGCCCAGGCACUCCGUGCCAAUGCCACCGGCCUGCGGGUCACCCCCCAAACAGGCUGCCACAUUUUCCAGCUCGCCCUGGGAUAUUAUAGCAAAUUAUUUGUAUGUUUAAUGAAAA